CCGAGCCGAACGGCGCGGCUUAAAAGACAGAAGCCGUGCAGCCGAUUCCCCGCUGCAAAGGAAGAUCCCGGAUCGCGGGAACCUCGGUGCGCGCGGUGGGUGGGUGGCUGGGUGAGGACCGUGGUGUAACCCUGUAGAAUAGAUCCCCCCUCUGUUAGAGAUCCAUCCAUGCCCAGGGGGAGGAUCCGGGCUCGGUGGAAGAGGCGGAGCCGAGGAAGGUCAAGCCGCGGGAAGGAGAGGGAAAAGGCGCUGAUCCCAAGCAGCCGCCGCCGCCGCCGCUGGAUUUCCCCCUUCGAACGUUCGCCCCCAAGCGGCCGCGUGAUUGGCUGCCCGGCGUUCUAACACCCUCCGCCCCCCGCGGGGAGAGCCGCGACUCAACGUUCCAAAGGGGCGCCGAACGUUCUAAAAAGGCAACUCAACGUUCCAUCGGCGGAUACACGCGGGGAAUUUUUUUUUUCCCCCUCCAGCACGAGGAAAAAGGAGGCAGCGACCCCCGCUUUUUUUUUCCUCCCCCCCUCUUUUUUUCUCUCCUUCUCCAUCCGCGAUUCGGUUUCUUUCUUUCUCUCUCUUUUUUUUUUUUUUUAAACCACCCCUCCAUUCCUCUCCACCCCACGGCUCCCCACCACCACCACCACCAUGGAAGACGUCGGCGCCUUGGUGGCGGCUUACUCCCGCGGCCUGGCCGGGGGCCUCGGCGUGACCGUGUGCGCCGCCGCUGCCGGCGGAGUCUUGCUUUAUAAAAUCGCGCGAAGGCCGAAGCCCACCCACACGACGGUCAACUGCUGGUUUUGUAACCAGGACACCGUGGUGCCGUACGGGAAUCGCAAUUGCUGGGAUUGUCCGAAUUGUGAGCAGUACAACGGAUUUGAAGAGAAUGGAGAUUACAACAAGCCAAUUCCAGCUCAAUACAUGGAGAAUCUAAAUCACGUCAUUUCCGGGGCGGGGGCCUUCUACGACCCCACCAAGCCUCAACAAUGGGUCAGUAGCCAGGUUCUCCUUUGUAAGAAGUGUAACAACUACCAGACCAUGAAGAUCAAGCAACUGGCGUCCUUCAGCCCCCGAGAAGAGGGCAAAUACGACGAAGAAAUCGAAGUAUAUAAACACCACUUGGAGCAGACUUACAAACUCUGCCGGCCCUGCCAAGCCGCCGUCGAAUAUUAUAUCAAGCAUCAAAACCGCCAGCUUCGCGCUCUCCUCCUCCGGCACCAUUUCAACAAUCGGAAAAGCGACAAGACGUACAUGCAGAGUUUUUACGCCUCGGCUUCUGCGGGCAAUACCACCCCACUGCGAGUGAUUCUGCUGCGGUUUCUGGCCUUCCUCAGUUGCACCACUCUUGUGGUGAUGGCCCUCUACGGGUCAGGAGACCCCUUUUUCUCGGGUUCUGCUACAUCGCCGGUUCCGCCAAGCUCAGGUCUGUCGAGGAACAAGACCGAGCCACCUCCGCCGGUGAUCCUGCCACGUAACGGCUCCCUCCUGGAAUCGAUGGGCUGGCAAGAGGCUAUCCAGUCACUCUCAGCGCAAGCCACGGAGAUGCUGGAAGCAGCCUGGAUCUACGGGAAGAACCAUCAAACGGCCGUGGUCGUCUUGGGGCUUUUCACUUGCAUCCUGGCUAUGUUGCUGGCGGGACGGAUCAGGCUCCGACGCAUCGACGCCUUCGCUGCCUUCCUGUGGCUGCUGGUGAUGGGCUUCCACUUGGUAGAGAGGUAUCUGCAGGUGGACAUCCCCAGCUGGGUGGAGACCGCCAAGUUUGGCACCACCUCCCUGUGCUGCUUGGUGGGAUUCGCAGCCGCCGUGGCCACGCGGAAGCCCGGGGGUCAGUGGAGACCUCAGCCCCGAAGGUUUUCUCCAGGAGACCAACUGGCCGCGUUCCCCGGCAGUGCCGAGUUCAGCUUUGCAUAUCCUUCUCCCCCGCUUCCUUUCAUCCCCAGUCCUCCCAGCAUCCUCCAGUUAAACCAACGGCUUUUCUGCUCCCCACGCCGGACGUCAUCCUCGUCUCUCCCCGGACGGCUGAAUCGGGCCCUUUCGCUCGGCACGAUUCCUUCCCUGGCCAGGACUGAUUCGGGCUACCUGUUCAGCGGAAGUCGGCCGCCCUCGCAGGCCUCCUGCCCCAAGGAUUGGGCAGCAUCAGAAUAUUUCUCGGUCCUCUCCGGAAGCUGCAUGCCCUCGCCGGCGCCCUCGCCGGCACCGUCGGUGGCCGGCUCCAUGGCGUCCAGUUCCAGUUCCUUGCGGUUCCGCCGGCCUCUCAUCAGCCCCGCUCGGCUGAAUCUGAAAGGGCAGCAGCUGAGACUCUUCAGGGGACAAAGGGAACUCCAUCACGGGGAUGAUUUUGCCUCGGCGGAAAACAGCCCGUUUGCUUCGGAACGGUCCGUCUUUCCCAAAAUGCACUUCGGAGAGCAGGGCCUACCAGAUGUGACAGCGGCCAGCAGUGUCUCCACCGAGGAUUCAGGGAAAAAGGCAGACGGUUCGUCGUGUUCGUCCAAUUGUGUUGUUGACACCACAACGAAAGAAGAACCUUCGGGCUGGAAGGGCUGCUUCGGGAACCUGCUUCUCCGAAGUCUCCUGGCCCUCAGCCUGACCGUCAACGCCAUCUUCACCUCGGCCUACCUCUACCAAACGUUGCGAUGAGCCUCAGCCCCACCUCCACCCCACCCCAACCCCCAAAAAUGGGGAGUCUUCCCCAUUUCCCUCGUCCUGGAGAUCGCGGGCUUACAGAAGAGACUCGGCCAUCGCAAGGACCUUCUUCGCCGCAUGGCCGCAUCCCGCACAGGCAGCGGGAUCCGGUCUGUUUCUCCCGAUCGCCGUGGCCUUCCCCGAUAUCCCUUGCCUGUUUCUCCCAUCAUCUGAGGAAUAGUCUUGGUGGAUCGGGAAGCACUUUUUUUUGCCCUGGUUUUCCUUGAUUUGUACAGAACGUGGGAUGAAAGAGAUGGGAGUUUGGAAGGCGAAGGCCGGACAUGGGUGGCGUUGCGUUCUGCCCCUUCAGCCACAAACCUCGAAUGGUGGUUAAAUGCUGGCUCACGGAGAGAACUUAAGAACUUUGGGAGAGUCGUCCUCCUCUCUAUCCUCUUUGGUCUUCCAGACCCCGGCUCUCUUUUUUUUCCUAAUCUCUCUGUGGCCGAGGGAGAAAAAAAAAGUCCCUUGCGUUGCUCGAUAAGUUGUUGACUUCCAGGAUCCGGUCAGUUUCACUGCUUUUUAGGAUCCGGUCAGUUUCACUGCUUUUCAAGUCAAAUGUGUGUCUGGGAUGUUUGGAGAAAGUCUCUGUUACUUUGUGUAUGUUUGUUCUUAAUUUAUUAAUUUUCAGGGCCAGGAAGAGAAGUUUCAUGCAGGCCAAAAUGGGUCGGGAGACAUCUUUAUUAGCAUCAGGAGAAGAAACCUAUGCAAAAUAAAGUGAAUUAUUAUUAUUUUUUUUUCCCAUGCUUAAGUGGCCCUGUACUAGGUUUCCUGAUGACAUCCUGCUUUUUUCCCCAAGACCAGAAACCUGUUUCUUCAAUUGGGCUUUUGACUCUCUUUGCAUUUGGAUGUUUGUACUUCAGCAGUGGGAGAAUUUCCCCUGCAUGUAGAAAGCUAGCAGAUCAGGGAGAAAAGUGAACCCAGUUUACAGUGUGCUAGAAACUUAGAAAAUGUAAACUCAGGAAGUAACUUUCCUGCAUUAUCACCCAGGUUUAAAAUCUUCCUUGUUUGGCUCACGUCGGCUCGCUAAAAAAAUGAGAAUAAUGCUUCUGUCUUAGCCGGCUGUGCAACAUGGGUUAGAAGGCUGAUUUUUUAAAUUAUUAUUAUUUUAAGAGCAUGACAAAAAGAGCUUUUUUUCCUGCCUCUUUAGCAAGCGAGGAAUUUUAUUUUUUUUUUUUUUUAAAGCCAAGAUUAAGAUCCACCACUUUCUCCAUUGUUGAUCUUGGCUUGGAAGUGGGACGUUGAAUAUCUUAUUGCCAAUUGGCUCACGGACGGUGGUGGGAUAUUCAGUUAACUUUUCUCAGAGCUGCCCCUCCGGUUUGAAAAAGUUUCAGAUUUUUUCCCAUCCCGGGUCUCUUUCCCCAUCUCACAGCAAUCCGGUUUGCCUUGAAACCGCUCGAGAAAGUGUUUUCCAGAAAUUUCAAACAUCCGUGUUAAAACAGGUUUUCUUUAAACCACCUAUCAGUCUCGUUUAAUUUUGCUUCCUACGGCAGAUUUCUCAAAAUGGGUGUUCUUUCCACAUGGGUUUUGCAGAAAGCAGCUUUUUUUAUAAAAAAAAUAUCGGCAAAAAAUGCACAGGGACGGCACGAUAAUUCAAAGCAAGAGGCCUGUAUUUUUGGUGCUAGGAAACAAGUUAUUAAAAGAGUCACGCUGGUGUUCCUUUGAUCGCAGUGUUAUGUACUGUGCGUCUUAAGGGUUAUGCCCCUUUUCAAAGUUUUUUUCUUAAACUUUAGGUUGGUAGAAGGGGAAAAAAAACACACAAACGUUUUUUUAAAUGUAUAUUUCAUGUCAUGUUUGAUUUUGGUCUGUCUCUGUUUUUUCCUUUCCUCCUGGGGAAUAAAUAAGGUCUAACGUUUGGCGAUGGGGAAAAAAAAAUGUCUUUUCAAAUUCAGGAGUUUGUUUGUUUUCCAAUUCACCGUUAUUUCUGUAGAAGCAGCCCUCUCCUCUCUUCCCUAGUUCCAGCCUCUUUUGUAUCUUUUUUUUUUUGUUAUCGACAACUGCCGCAGUACUCCCUGAGGACUAGCUUCUUGCUUGAAUGUACAAGAAACGAUCAAAUUAUAUACACUGUGUCCUGCGAAGCUUGAAUUUCACGGCGGGUGGGGAAAGGCCACUGGAUGCCAUUUGAGAAAAACGGUGGGGGUCUUGAUUUCGUUUUAUACUUAAGGAGGCUGGAGAAGAAAUCUGCCUCUCCGGGGUGUGGGGGAAGUUGGAAGAUUUCGUGCCGAAGGAGAGGGCAUUUCCCCCCCCCCUCUGUUUUGUCUCCCCUCUUGAGAUGUUUUAUGUUCUGCGUUUGAAAGGUUAUUUUUCUUUAUAAAACGGUUAAGAAUAAAAGCGAUGUUGCAUCUUGA